AUGACCACAUUUUCCGCCCCGGUCACCGCACCCAAAUCGAUGCCCAACAAUCAGUCGGCGUUGGCUGCAUCCUUCACCAAUUUCCUCACCGUCUCGAUACACCAGAUUCUGUUCCUCCGUUCGGUCUACCCGCGAGCAACGUUCCUGCCCGUCCGAGCCUACAACUACCCCGUUCGCCAGUCCCGUCACCCGAAAGUAUGUGACUACAUCAACGAUGCCUCGAUCGCGGUCGGGACGGAGAUUUUGAAAGGCACAAUAACCGCAGUCAGUAUCAUCAUUUCAUCUCUCCGCACAAAUCAGCCCCUCGAGCGAUAUGCCUUUGAUCUGUCGGGUUUCCCCCGCGUUGCCGCCGGAGAGAUCAAUACCACAUUUGAAGAGAGAAAGGAAGAUUCAUCCAAACCAGGUGUCCCCUUGUCAGAACGGGGCUCCGCUGCUCCGACGGUCGAUCUCGAAGCCCAAUUUCGUGCGUGCCUCGCCAGAUUGGCCUCGGCCUGUGCGCGGUUAACGCCGCUUCCCCGGGACGAUGAAUUCAGCUUCACCGUCUGCAUUGAAGUUCGCGAGGACGCUUUGCCUCCCGCCGGGACCACGACGGAAGAACAGACCUGGAUCGUGGCCGAACCCGACAAGGUUCACCUCCGAUCGUGUACAGCCCCAUACUCCGUGUCGAAGUUACGGAAUGGGGAGCCGCAGCAACAACCGCAACAACCACCUCCCAAGGUGUCGAACGGUCGCGCGAAAACAGUCCCCGUACGACGGGUAGAAGCCGGCGAGCUUCGUCUAGAGCUAUGGGUAGAAGAGGCACGACAGAAAUUCAAUGAACCGCCGGAUUCGGAACAUCCGCCUUGA